AUGGGUUUGUUUCCGUCUAAAGACGACAGACGAUUGUACGAUGAAAAUGGGUUCGAAAUCUGGAGUGCUGAAGCAAUGGAAGUCCGUGAUCAAAUAAAACGACGUCAACUUCGUCUUCUCUUCUUGACCUUGAUUACUGUGGCUGGAAUUGGUGUUGGAAUCGCCUACCGUCAACGGAUUCUGAAUGCUUUGAGGUCACGACGAUGA